AUGGCUCCACCAGCCCAAUAUCGAGCAUCGACGUCGGCUUCAGAUAUCCCUCUCGCUGACCUCGAAUCCGGCCCUCGAGCAACCUCUCAGUUGAAUGACACCUCCCGCUGGAACGGCUUCUCCCAAUUCCACCCGUCCAAUAUCCUCGCGAACCCCAAUGGGCUGGCACCAAAAGUGUCGCAGGAAGAUUGGCUGGCCUAUACCGAAGACCUAGGUCAUAGAUUGACAGUCGCGUUGACCCCAAGUUUCCUACAACGAUAUGUGGGUGGUGGCGCACCCCAUCCUACCAAGCUGCAUGCCAUCGCAGCACUCGAUGGACUGCGCGGUUGGGCCUGUCUCCUGGUCUUCAACUUCCACUUCCUCUUCACAUACACUUGGAAGGUUGCGAUCGGAUGGGGAUUUGCAGGGGAGAAUUUUGGAAUUCAUCAGCUACCUUUCCUACACAUGUUGAUCUCGGGCCACAUCAUGGUGGCCAUCUUUUUCGUCAUCUCCGGCUAUGUGCUCUCCUACAAGCCCUUGAAAACCAUUCGAUCCCGGUCGUUCGAGGAGACCUUUACGGUUUUGGCCUCUUCGACCUUCCGACGGGCACUGCGCCUCUAUAUUCCUUCCAUCGUCGGUCUCACAUGCGUCUUUGUGGCUGUCCGUCUCGGUCUGUACAACUACUCGUGGGGCGUCAUCAAAGAAGGCCAUACCAUUGUUGGCACAAAUGAACAACACCCGCCCAUAUACCGCUCCUUCAUUAAGCAGUUCUGGGACUUUUAUUACACCGUCGCCCACCUGCUGAACCCAUUCGAUUGGGGUCUCUACUACAACAACUACAACCCGCACCUAUGGACCAUCCCCGUAGAGUUUCGGUGUUCCCUCGUCCUUUUCAUCACGACUCUGGCUACCUCCCGUCUGAUGUCGGUCAUCCGGAUGCCUCUCGUAGCAAGUCUCAUCUGGUUCUGCAUGCGUUAUGGUCGGUGGGAUGUCGUUCUGUUCCUGUGCGGCAUGCUGAUGGCCGAGAUCGAUCUCGUCAACGGAACGUGGGAGCGACCUGCGAACUCUGCAGCAGCUAGGGACGAUAGGAAACACAUUCGCUUCCGUCCCGGCGGCAAGAUCAUAGCUACCGUCUCCCGCCGACGCCUAUGGAUUGGCAUAUUUGUGUUGGGUCUGUACAUCGGAUCGACCCCAAAUCUUGGAUUCAAGUGGACACCCGGGUACAUGUGGCUCUGGAAAAUCACACCAUGGACAUAUCCCGAGCCACAUCGAUUCCCACAGACUAUCGGCGCGACUUUGAUCGUCUUUAGUAUCAAUCACUCUCCCGAUAUUCAGAAGCUCUUCACCAAUCCGUUGUCUCAGUAUCUGGGCAAGAUCUCGUUCGCCUUUUAUAUUGUCCACGGUCCUAUUCUGCAUUCCCUUGGCUACUCAAUCAUGCCUAGUAUAUGGGCUAUGACGGGCAAGGAGACCAAUUUCCAGUACUGCCUUGGAUUCUUCAUUGGCUGGUCUAUCUGUCUACCUAUCGCUAUCUGGGCGGGCGAUGUCUUCUGGCGCGCCGUCGAUGUGCCCAGUGUCAAGUUUGCCCGCUGGAUCGAGAGUCAAGUUAUCGCUAAAGGUUCACCUGCGACUGGGACGCCGAGUUUGUCAACUCCAAGAGCACAAACUCCACGGAACCAGUGA